AUUGUACUAGAGGUUGUCCCUCGGUCAUCCCGGGACUCCUGUUCUCUCUCCCACUGAUGCGUUGAGGCGUGCCAAUGUGUUCAUGUGAUGCAGGCAGGAUGUGUCCUAAAAGAGUUUGCAACGAGCUCAACGGCAUCACUUCUGAGUCUGACCACCGUUCAGCACUCAUCUACAGGUAUUCCCCCUUUUGCUUGCAGUUGAAUCGGGUGAAAGGAAAGAGACCGAAGAGAACGAGAGAAGGAUUGUGAAAUGGGAGCUACGGCAUCCUCCGCGCAACGGGACAGCAGAUGUGAGGAGGACACAGCGGUGGAGGAGCUCCCUGCAGCGGAGAGCGAUGCUCGGGACGACGCCGGUGCUGAUAACAAGUUAUUACAGAAAAAUGGCCAGAUCUCCAGUUUGAAUGUAAAGACAAGCAACCAUGCAGAUGAAUUAAAUGGCAACUUUGAGGAGAGAGUACUUGCAGAUGUUGGCUCAGGGUUUGUUACUCUGAAAGAAGAUGGCACAGAAACAAUUGAAGACAUCCAGGAAAUGGAUGCUCUUCAACCAGUAAUGAAGAAUGAGAGCACAGAGAUGGUUGAUGCAGAUAGUGUGACUGUGAAGGAGGAAACUGAGGAGGAUGAUAUCAGUGAAGUUGGGUUCAAAAAAAUCUUCAGAUUUGUUGGAUUUAAGUUUACCCUAAAAAAAGACACAUGUGAAAACACUGAAUCAGAUGGACAAGCAGAAAAAGUUACAAGUCCCUCAGAGGACUCCAGUGACACCCAGGAGAACAGUACAGUAGCAGCAAAUGAAAACACACCUGCUGAGACACGAGAAAUUGAGGUGUCUUCCCAGCCUGAUGCAGCUGAACCCUCUCAACAAACAGACAAUGAAAAAGAGCUGGAUCAGGACAUAAAGAUAGUGGAACAUCAUGUGGAGGACACACCUGAGAAAGAACUGGAAAAAGAAGGAAGUCCUGAGCUGGAGGAACCAAUUUCACCAAUCAAGCAAUUCUUUACACAAGGAAUUUUUGCCAGUUUGAGAAAGAAAAAGAAAGAAGAGGAAAUGCUAAAAGAGAGUAAGGAAGACGAAAUCAAGAGAAUUGAGAGAAUGGGUUUAGAAGAGGCCAAAAAAGAAGACAGUAAAUGUAUAUGCCUUGAUAUCCCUCAUAUUACAUCAGAGGAAGAAAAAGAUACACAGGAGAAAGACAAUGACACAUUGUUACCUGAAGGAGAGUUUCAGAAUUCUCUAGAGAAAGAUAAGGUACAAGGAAGUCCACUUAAAAGACUUUUCAGGAAAUUUUCCACAAAAAGGCAGCGAGAAAGUAAAUCUGCAGAAAAGGUGAUUGAGGCAGAAGAACAAGUCUCUGAACACCCAAAACCAUCCUUGGAAUUGACAGAGCUCGCAGAAGUGGAGGAACCAGUGGUUGGGGAACCAAAACCUGAUGAAGAGGAGCUGGUGGCUAAUGUAAGCCCUCAAGAGACCAAAAAGAAACCUGACACCACCGCUUCCUGGGAGGCACUGAUUUGUGGUGGUUCUGCUAAAAAAAGAGCUAGAAAAACAAAUGAGGAUGAAACACCAGAGAAAAGAGAAGUAUAUGAAAAAGCAACUGACUCUCCAUUGGGAAGUUCAACAGAGGGGGAUUAUGAUCAUCUCACAUCAUCUAAUGAACAAAGUGGAAGUCCUGCUGAAGAAGAGAUGGGAUCCACAUGGAAGACGUUAAAAAAAAUGGUCAUCCAGAAGAGAAAGGUCAGAACUGGAGAAAAUAGUACCCCUGAGCAGAUACCUUCAGAUAGUGAGAUGAACAAAGACGAACCGUUUACUAUGAAGAAACUCAUUCCAGGGCAUAAAAAGAGAAAAUCAGAUGAAAGCAAAGACCAGACAUCGUCCGAUGGGGCUGCAAAGGAUCAUAAAACAGGUGAUGAAGAUGAUGAGACCCCAGCUAUUAUUCCUCUGUCUGAGUAUGAAAUAAUUGAGCCUGAAAGUCUGAAGGAGUUGCAUGAGCAACAAGUUGAAAUCACAAUAGAACAUGAGAUGCCAGAGAUGGCUUCACCAGUGUUAGAACAAGACACAUCUGAUAACUUGUUGCCAAAAGUUGCAGCUACAGUUCCAAUUAACACUGGACCAACAGUCAUAUGUGGAUUACCAGAAGACUUUGAAGAACUUACAGACUUCUUGAGCAAACAUCAGCAACUGAGUGAUAUUCCAGAAGAAGGCAUCAUUGAGGAAAGCAUUGAAACACCAAAAUCCUCUGCUGAGUGGACAACACAGGAUGACACCUUAGCUGAGGACAUUGUGGAGUUGACAGCAGAUGCGGUCACUGCCCCAGAACCAUCAAGUGAACAAUUUAUUGGGGAUGACACUACUGAAAUGGUCUCGGCAGUCUCGCAACUAACCAAUUCACCCAGGUCAUCUGGGCAUUUUACACCAGUGUCAGCUGAAUAUGGCUUACAAACACCAGAUGUGAUCCUACAGGAAGCUAUUCAAUCUAUCUGCAUGACUCCAAGUGUUCAGUCAGUAACUACAAAAGAUGAAAGCCAAGAAUCUCUGGCCAUAUCAUUUUCACCUUAUAUUGUGCAGUCCUCCACAACAGAGGAAACAAAGGUUUUGGUUGCACAUAAGAAAACUGAGGCAACAGCAAUAUGUACAGGACUGGAAUCUCAAGAAAUAGAAUCUGUUGAAGAACAUCUCCCUGCACCCUUAGUGGAGGUAAUACCUGAAGUAAGUGAUGCUGUCCCGACUGAAUUAGUCUCUGAUAACUUUAAAAAUGAAACUGAAGUUGCAGGACUUUGGACAGAUGAGGUCUAUGAGGCUGAAAUUAAGAAACUAAAGACUGAGUAUCAGGAAUUAAUUGUAAGUGAAAAGGAAUCUGCCACUGAAACUGAGCUAAGUGUAGAGCAAGUUAUUCCGUUAGUGGCAGAGCCUCUUGUGGGAGAAUCAGAGGAGACUCAUAUGGAGAAACAAAGAGAGGAAUGUACAACUAGUAUUGAACUCAGACAGGUAAUUGAGACAAUGCAAAGUGAAGCUGGGCUGGAACAGGUUAUGUCAGAUUACACCCAUGAUCCUGAAACAGAGUGUCCACUGCAUUCAGUGUUAGAGGAACCUGUAUAUGAACAACCAGUAGCGGCUGAACCUGAAAAAGACCUCACGCUUUCAGAUGUUAAAUUGUUCGUUGCUGAGUAUGAUCAACCUGCAUCAACUGAAUUAGUUGAGACUUCGACACAAGGUGAUACAGACAUAAGUAAAGAAGUCAAAGAAAUAGAAAUUAAUGCUUCUGCUGUGGAGUGUCUGGAAGUCACAGCGACUGAUAGUAUUAUAAGUCCAAUUCCAGAUCACAUACAGGCAGAGACACUGGGGUUAGAAGGGAGUUUAAAAUUAGAAGCAGCUGAAUCAAUGCAAGUUGAAGCCUGUGAAAUACAAUUUGACAUAAAAGAUGCAGUCUUAUUAGCAGGUGAUUCAGCAGUGGCUGUGGAGGACAUCAGUGGGAAAAUACAAGAAAAAGAUUAUGAACAAACGGCACAGCAGGACAUUAAGGAAAUACAUGUAGAAGAAGAAACAGGGGAUGAUGUUGCUUCAGAAGCUGUUAAAAAUAUUUCAGAAGCUGGAGAUGAAUCAUUAGCCAGAGAACAGCUGCCAGCCAAGGGGGUGUCACUUCCAGAACCAGUAUUAGUUGAAGAGACUGAAGAGCACCAGAAAGAAGACACUAAAAUGCAUUUGGAUGAUAAAGUGGAAGAUGGAACGGAUGGGAUUUUUGUGAAAGAGGAAGAGGAACAUGCAGUGAAGGAAGGGCAGCCUCUGACAAACACUGGCAGCAAUGAAACUCCUAUUUAUGAAUCUCCUGAAAUAAUUGUUGAUCCAGGAAGUGAAAUUGGAGAGAUGGUUUAUAAAAUAAGAGAACACACAGUUGUUUCAGCAUUUUCAAAAGAUUUAUCUGAGCACACAGAAACACCAGAAUUGCCUCACACUAGGUCUGAAGUCAUACAAAUACCGCUAGAAAUAGUAUUGCCAGAAGUUGAAGCAGAACCUGUAGCACCAGAAAUUGCACAACCAGCAACAACAGAGAAUAUUAAAACUGGUAAAGUUUUAGAAAUGGUUGCCAUUAUUGAGAACACAACAAAACAAUCUGGGAAAGAGAAGCCUAUGGUACCUGAACCAGUAACACAGGUUCUUUCAAAAUCUAAGCUACCAAAAGCAACAGAACAAGAGGGUGAAGAAAUAGAUGGUGACCAGUCCCCAGCAAUGACAUCAUCAGAAAUGAAAGAAAUUGCAGUUCCAGAAGAAAAAGAUACAAUGGCUGUUGCUCCCAAACCAGAACCAGAAGGGGUUGAUUCAGAGAUGACUAUGAUUAAAAUACCUACCAUCACAGUGCUGGCACAAAAUUAUACUGCUGCAGAAACAGAGGUUAGUAAUAUGAGUGAAAAGGAGAAUGAAGAAGAUGAAAAUGCUAGUCUAAAAUGUGAAUCUCUUGAACAGGUUACAGAAAAGAUACUGUCAAAUGAGUUGCAUGUAGACAAGACAGAAAUUAAAGAUGAAAUACCUGCAGUAAUCGAAAUAACAACCAUUGCACAAGAAUCACCACUGACCUCUGAAGUAACAGCAAAAACACCAGAAGUUGCUGUUUCUGAGAUACAGUCAGAAGUAGUCAGUGAACUCAGGGCUGAGACACUUGAAGUGAGAGAACCAAAGGUAGAAAUUCCUGUGGUAUCAGAAGUGAAAGUAGAGACAGCUGUAGUAGCUGAGCUGGAAGUGGAGACACCAGUUGUCACCUCAGUGGCUAAAGAACUUGAAUUAGAAACACUAGUGGUUACAUCUAUGGCAAAAACAACUGAUACCAAUAAUUCCGCUGUUACAUCACAAAAUCAAAACAUAGACUCUGACACAUCAGUGUUAACAACGGUGAUCAAAGAGCAAGUAGUGGAGAUUCCCACUGUUAUUUCUGUGGUAGUGACACCAGCUACACCUUUAGAUGAAUUAACACCAGUUGUAACUCUAGGCAAUGGGUCAAAGGAUGUACCUCCUGUAAAAGAGACACCUGUCGAAACACUAAAUGUCGAAUCAGUGAUUGUGAAGACUGCUGUGUCCCCAGUAGUAGAGAUACAGAAUGUGAUUCCAGUGGUAGCAACACCAGAUCUUGGUUCAGUAAUAGUAACAGAAGCUGCAUCUCCAGUGGUAAGUACAGGAACAGUGACUACUAAAAUAGAAGAAACACCAGUUUUGAGCACCGUUGUAGAAACACCUGUUUUUUCUGUCACAGAAGUAAAAUCAACUCCAGCUACAGUAGAGAAAACAGUAGUGUCCCCUGUAUUACAGAUCCCAGCCACAGUAACAUCUUUUGUGGAGACUCCAGCUGUUGAUUCAGUCAAAGAAACUGUACCUCUAGAAGAGGUUACACUAGAUGUGACCUCAUUUGCAGAAACACAUGUAAGCCAAGUAAUUGAAACUCUCAUUGUCUCCGUCACAUCAGUAAAACCAACUGUAGUGGAAAUGGCAAAGACACCAGACACUGAGAUGCCAGCUAUGAGUUCAAUGACAGUGGCAGAGGCUGUAUCUCCUGUAGUAGGUACAUCAUCUGGAACUCCAGUAGCAUCAGAAACAAUUAUGAUCCCAGAAGUAAAAACUUCAGUAGUAACUUCAGCCGCAGAGACAUCACUUGUGACACCAGCAGUAGAAACACCAGCUCAGAUUUCAGUAAUUGCAACAAAUGCAGCACCUCCAGUAACUCCAGCAGCAACUGCAGCAUCAGAAACAUCAGAAGCUGUAGAAACAGCUAUUGUAGAGUCACCUCCAGUUGCAGUGGUUGAGACACCAGUUGUGACCCAAGUGGUAGAGACACUAGGUAAGGUUUUAGUGAUGGUAACAGAGACUGUCCCUCUGGUAGAUGUUUCAGAAGAAACUGCAGCAGUAGAAACACCUGUUGAGUUCCCAGUAUUACAAACUUCCGUUGUUAAUUCAGCUCCAGUUGCAGAGGAUAAGACACCACUUGUGACCCCAGUUGUGCAGACAUCAGGUCAGGUUUCAGUGAUUGUAACAGAGAGUGCACCUCCAGUAGAUGUUUCUGCAGUAACUUCAGCAGUAGAAACACCUGUUGUAAUCCCAGUAGUAGAAACUCCCAUAUUAAAUUCAGCUCCAGUUGCAGUGGAUCAGACACCAGUUGUGACCCCAGUGGUACAGACACCAGGGCAGGUUUCUGUUAUGGUAACAGAGACUGCACCUCCAGUAAAUGUUUCAGUAUUGACUGCAGCAGUAGAAACACCUGUUGUGAUCCCAUUAGUAGAAACUUCUAUUGUAAAGUCAAAUCCAGUUGCAGUGGUUGAGACACCAGUUGUGACCCCAGUGGUACAGACACCAGGUAAAGUUUCAGUUAUGGUAACAGAGCCUGCACCUCCAGUAGUUGUAUCAGUGGUUACUGCAGCAGUAGAGGCACCUCUUUUAAUCCCAGAAGUAGAAACUCCUAUUGUAAAGUCAACUCCAGUUGCAGUGGUUAAGACACCAGUUGUGACUCCAGUUGUGCAGACAUCAUGUCAGGUUUCAGAAAAGGUAACAGACACUAUACCUCCAGUAGUUGUUUCAGCAGUAACUGCAACAGUAGAAACACCUGUUAAGAUCCCCUUAGUAGAAGCGCCAGUUGUAAAGUCAACUCCAGUUGCAGUGGUUGAGACACCAGUAGUGACCCCAGUUGUGCAGACAUCAUGUCAGGUUUCAGAAAAGGUAACAGACACUAUACCUCCAGUAGUUGUUUCAGCAGUAACUGCAACAGUAGAAACACCUGUUAUGAUCCCAGUAGUAGAAACUCCAGUUGUAAAGUCAACUCCAGUUGCAGUGGUUGAGACACCAGUAGUGACCCCAGUGGUACAGACACCAGGUCAGGUUUCAGAGAAGGUAACAGACACUACACCUCCAGUAUUUGUUUCAGCAGUAACUGCAACAGUAGAAACACCUGUUAUGAUCCCUGUAGUAGAAGCACCGGUUUUAAAGUCAACUCCAGUUGCAUUGGUUGAGACACCAGUUGUGCAGACAUCAGGUCAGGUUUCAGAAAAGGUAACAGACACUACACCUCCAGUAGUUGUUUCAGCAGUAACUGCAACAGUAGAAACACCUGUUAUGAUCCCUGUAGUAGAAGCACCGGUUUUAAAGUCAACUCCAGUUGCAUUGGUUGAGACACCAGUGGUGACCCAGGUGGUACAGACACCAGGUCAGGUUUUAGUUGCAGUAACAGACACUACACCUCCAGUAGUUGUUUCAGCAGUAACUGCAACAGUAGAAACACCUGUUAUGAUCCCAGUAGUAGAAUCACCAGUUGUAAAGUCAACUCCAGCUGCAGUGGUUAAUACACCAGUUGUGACACCAGUUGUGCAGACAUCAGGUCAGGUUUCAGAAAAGGUAACAGACACUAUACCUCCAGUAGUUGUUUCAGCAGCAACUGCCACAGUAGAAACACCUGUUAUGAUCCCAGUAGUCGAAGUGCCAGUUGUAAAGUCAACUGCAGUUGCAGUGGUUGAGACACCAGUUGUGACCCCAGCGGUACAGACACCAGGUAAAGUUUCAGAGAAGGCAACAUACACUACACCUCCAGUAGUUGUUUCAGCAGUAACUGCAACAGUAGAAACACCUGUUAUGAUCCCAGUAGUAGAAGCACCAGUUGUAAAGUCAACUCCAGUUGCAGUGGUUGAGACACCAGUAGUGACCCCAGUGGUACAGACACCAGGUCAGGUUUCAGAGAAGGUAACAGACACUACACCUCCAGUAUUUGUUUCAGCAGUAACUGCAACAGUAGAAACACCUGUUACGAUCCCUGUAGUAGAAGCACCGGUUUUAAAGUCAACUCCAGUUGCAUUGGUUGAGACACCAGUUGUGACCCCAGUUGUGCAGACAUCAGGUCAGGUUUCAGAAAAGGUAACAGACACUAUACCUCCAGUAGUUGUUUCAGCAGCAACUGCCACAGUAGAAACACAUGUUAUGAUCCCAGUAGUCGAAGUGCCAGUUGUAAAGUCAACUGCAGUUGCAGUGGUUGAGACACCAGUGGUGACCCAGGUGGUACAGACACCAGGUCAGGUUUUAGUUGCAGUAACAGACACUACACCUCCAGUAGUUGUUUCAGCAGUAACUGCAACAGUAGAAACACCUGUUAUGAUCCCAGUAGUAGAAUCACCAGUUGUAAAGUCAACUCCAGCUGCAGUGGUUAAUACACCAGUUGUGACACCAGUUGUGCAGACAUCAGGUCAGGUUUCAGAAAAGGUAACAGACACUAUACCUCCAGUAGUUGUUUCAGCAGCAACUGCCACAGUAGAAACACAUGUUAUGAUCCCAGUAGUCGAAGUGCCAGUUGUAAAGUCAACUGCAGUUGCAGUGGUUGAGACACCAGUUGUGACCCCAGCGGUACAGACACCAGGUAAAGUUUCAGAGAAGGCAACAGACACUACACCUCCAGUAGUUGUUUCAGCAGUAACUGCAACAGUAGAAACACCUGUUAUGAUCCCAGUAGUAGAAGCACCGUUUGUAAAGUCAACUCCAGUUGCAGUGGUUGAGACACCAGUAGUGUACCCAGUGGUACAGACACCAGGUCAGGUUUUAGUUGCAGUAACAGAAGCUACUCCUCCAGCAGUUGUUUCAGCAGUGACUGCAGCAGCAGAAACACCUGUUGUGAUCUCAGUAGUGGAAAGAUCAGUUGUGAGCCUAGUACUAGAAACUACAACAGAAGCACCAACUGCAAUUGCAAUGGCAGAGAGACCUGUUAUGAUCCCAGUGGUACAGACACCAGUUCUGGUUUCAGUGAUUGCAAAAGAGGCUGCACCUCCAGUAUUUCUACCAGCAGUGACUGCAGGACCAGAGGUGGAGACACCAGUUUCAGUACCAGAAGCACCUGCUGUGAUCCUAGCAGUACAAACACCAAUGAAAGAACAGGUAGCACAGACACGGACAACACCAGCCAUGGUCUUAGUAAAGGCAACAUCAGUUGUAACUGGGAUGGAGGCACCCACUGUGACCGGGACACCUUUAUCCCAUGGGGUGAUGGGACCAGCUGUUGCCACAGUUAUAGUAGCAACAGCUCCACCUGUUGCUACACCAGAAGUAAAGAAAACAAUGUUGCAGGUAGUUGAACAGGAGAAAAGGGAAGCAAAGUCAGAGGCUUCAGUUGUGUCUAAAGAUGUUGAACCACCAUUUGUGGCUGCGAAAGAGGUAAAGAUAUCAGUUUUAACUCAAGAGUGUAUAUCAGAUGAAGAAAAUGGGAAGGCUUCCUUGCGGCAUACUUCAACAGAACCUCAGUCAGAGGUAGAGGAGGAUGUGUGGGAGGAUGCUGUAGAUAAUAUUGGAGAUUCCCCAUGUCAGGUGACAUACACAGAGGAUGCGCCCCAAGAUACUGCUGCUAAACAAACAUCUGAUGCUGCAAUUUGAUAGUGGCGUGCUAAACCAGAUGAACGAUUUGAUGAGUUGAUGCAAGUUUAACAAGGAUAAUUAAGAACAUUUUACACCUGGAGGAGGCUGUACUCAGCACAAAAUCAGCUGGGAUUCACAUUUCUGACAACGAAAAAAAUGUAAAGUUACACUGCAUCAUUAAAGUUCCAUUAAGCAAAGGUGAAACCAAAAACAGUAGUUAUUCAGUGGAGAGGCUGUUUUUUUUUUUACUUUCAUGCAGAAAAUAUUUUAACAUAUAAACCCCUUCAAAAGCUAUUUUGAUAUAUUUUUUACUGAGGAUAUUUGUCAUAAAUGUAUGAAUUGUUUUAUCAUUAUUCAGACAUUAGCAUAAGCUUAUGCCACAUGAUAUCAUGUUGUAAGAAAAUGAUUAUCAUUGUAAAAGGAUGUGCAAUUCCUGGGUUUUGAAAUACUAAAGUACUAAAAACACUAAAAGUGUUAAAGAUAUUCACUAAAUCAAAGGUAAUAUCCAUUUGAAACAUCAUAUAAAAUUCAAUUCAGUUCAAGUUUACUUGUAUAGUGCUUCUUACGAUACAGAUCAUUGCAAAGCAACAGUACAGAAAAUUUAGUUUCUACAAUAUUUAGUAUAUACCGCUUGAUAUGCAUCUAGGAUACAUUUAUUUUAUACUUGGUAUAUAGUAAGAUGUAGACAGUUACUGAAACUGACAGAUUGUUUAAUUUGUUUUACAAAGUACAGUCAAAAUCUUAUCAAACUUAUGAUUUAUUUUUUUGUUUCCAUGUCAUUGUUAUGACUAUUGUUUUUGUAAUUAACAAUUUUGAUUUACAGAAACACCCAAUUUUAGAAAAUAUUUUUGACUAUAUUUUUGGCAUAAAAAUGAAGCAUGCAAUCUAAAAUUGCAACUACUGACUUUUCACCAUGUAAGUUCUUUUAUUUUUCUCUGAGUAUCAAAACACUCUGUACUGCAUACGAUUGUUACACAGUUGAGCAUUUUUGUUCAUAUUAUACAGCCUGCCUUGCCUGUAUUACAGUGGUUUGCAUCUGGCCUGAUGCAAUAAGCCACAGCAGUAUUGAAAACAAAUUUUUUACUUAUUCUAAUAUAUUGCUAAGAAGUGUUCGAAACCACAUGUACAGGUUAUGCAUCUUUAAAGAAAUUGCAAUAUUAACAAUCAACUAAAUACAGGAGUGUAGUAUUGUUCCUGGAUUUUGCAAUAUUUAAAAAUGUAUGGUUUAAUACAAAUUAUAAUUGUAAGUUUUAUUUAAAUAAAAGAAAAGUUACCAA